UUCUUUAUCAAUACAAUUAUUAUUAGUUUCUGUAACUUAUUUGUUUAUAUUGUUUUACGCUUCAAUUGUGCCUCGAGCGAUACUGCCUCGCCGCGACGCCGGGCAUUGAUAUCGCUUCUAUGUAGUAUCUAAUUCUUUACACGUGUACAUACUACGAUAAGUACACGUCUAUCUCUCAUGUGAUUGAUCGUAACAAAAUGAAAACAGCUGAAUAAUCGCAAAAACGUAUUAGUACGUUUAAUGAGCCAUUCAAUAAGACAUUUACUGUAGCAUUUUUAAUCCUUUUUUGUCUGUGAUUAACUGUGAUGUGAAAAUGCAUGAAGUUGUUUGUAUUGUUGAAUUUUCUACAUAAGAGACACUUGGCUGCUCCAGUUCUACGUGAUGUAAUAAAUAUUGAUAAUUAUGACGUACUGUUUACGCACUUGACAACACAAUCAUUUGUAAUCGUACAUGUAAAAAGAUUAAUUAAGCUGCUCAAGAUAUAUCGAAAUAAAAUUUUGAAGUAUGAAAACUCGCGUUACCCUCCUUCUGCCACUUUACUCUUCUGUAUAGAAAAUGUAUAAUUUUCUUUCUUUGCCGAGCGUGUGCUGUUAUACCGGUAAAGCAAUACAGAAAAGUGAUGGCAGCACCACAUGGCAUGUGCGCAACGGCGCCCGUAUUGAUUAUCGUAGAUGGAGGCAAAGUCAGCGGGAAAAUCAAUAUCCACAUUUUGCCGGCGCUCUCGUUAUUUUCGACGUGAAAUUUUCCUCGCUCGACACUUCGCACUCCGAUUUCCGGAAAUUGUCUCUACGAGUGCGUCACCGAUUCCUGAGCACGUGUCGCUUCAGGAGGGAAUAAUCGUGUCGUACCGUGAAGCUACGAUGUAGUCACGUUUGUGCGCGUUCACCAUUUCUUCCUCGCUCGAGCUGAGAUUUCAUUUGUCGUCUCUUCGGUGCCUGCAGCAACUGGAGCAUUCCUCAUCAAAGGGAGCAUCUACUUCUAAUUGAGACAACUAGCUGUGAUCGGAGGAUAAUACCUGAAGAAUUAGCAAAAAAACAGCGACACAACUGACAUACGCAGAUUAUUACGUUGUUACCAACAAUGUAAAGUCUUACUGCAGUAUAUCGCCACUUACUGGUGACUCAUCCAUUGUGACACAUUUUUCUCACAGCUGAUCGAUGUGACGGAAAGAAGAAGAUACUUCGCUGUACAGCAUUGAGAGCGAGUCAAUAUUAUAGGCUGACAAAUGCAUAGAUUGAAAAAAUAUCUAUUGGAAGAACAAAUCGACGCUUAUUAAUUGCGAUCGACUCGUUAUUUUAAUAACGGCAGGAGAAUUCGAUUCGAAUAGACGAGCUACUACGAUCCACGAAGAUUAUUGCCGAAGAAAAUAAAAGGCCUAUGAGAAUCAGGAGUCUAUGCAAUAGUGAACGGCCGUUGAAGGAUAUCGCAUCUCUAGGAUCGAUUGGGACCGAGACGAUAGAGGAAUCGUCUUCUAUGCGGCAGGAAUCCCUGACUGGUCUGAAACUGCGACCGCCGGGCGAUCACGGUGGUGUACAUCACGGCGGAGUCAUGUUGGAGGAGGAUAUGGCUGGUGCUCAGGACACAAUAUAUCUGUGUAAUUUUCGAGUGUCGGUAGAUGGCGAGUGGCUCUGUUUAAAGGAGCUUCAGGAUGUCGAAUUCUCGCUCCAGGAUUCGAUGCAGCGGUCACCCUCGCCGCCGCUCGCUCUAAGUGGUAUUAAUCAUCAUCACGAUAACCAUCAUCACCACCAUCAUCAUCAUCAGCAACAGCUUCCCGAGCAGCGAGAGCUUCGCGAUAUUAUGCCACCAAGUCCACCGCCAUUGCAGCACGUCUCCAGCUUGUCACGAGAUCCGGUGAUCAUCGAGAGGAGUAAUCUCGUUAACAUUUCGAAACUAAUCGUCAAGGAGCUGAUUGAAACAUCUUUGAAAUAUGGUCGUAUGCUCGAUUCCGAUCAUAUGCCAUUGCAACAUUUCUUCAUCGUCCUUGAACACGUGCUUAGGCAUGGUUUACGGCCGAAGAAGGGUCUUCUCGGACCCAAAAAGGAGCUGUGGGAUAUUCUUCAGCUAGUAGAGAAAUAUUGUUCCGAAGCGCAAGAUAUUACGUCCAGCAUUCGUGAUUUACCGACUGUUAGGACGGCAAUGGGUAGGGCGCGCGCUUGGUUGCGUAUGGCAUUGAUGCAAAAGAAAUUAGCGGAUUAUCUCAAAGUUCUGAUAGAUCACAAAGAUGAUAUUUUGUCCGAAUACUUCGAACCGGAUGCUCUGAUGAUGAGCGAAGAGGCAAUUGUAGUCAUGGGCUUAUUAGUGGGAUUAAAUGUGAUCGAUUGUAACUUCUGUGUAAAGGAAGAAGACCUCGACUGUCAACAGGGCGUAAUCGACUUUUCAUUAUAUCUGCGCAAUAGUAAUCAUAUACCUGGAGAAUCACCAGACGAUGAACUCGAAAACGACAAUAUGACCACAGUGCUUGAUCAGAAGAAUUAUAUCGAAGAGCUUAAUCGACAUUUAAACGCUACGGUAACGAAUCUCCAAGCUAAAGUAGAAUCUCUGACGACUACGAACGCUCUUAUGAAAGAGGACCUUGCCAUUGCUAAGAACAAUAUUUUGUCGCUUCAAGACGAGAACAGGCAGCUAAAGAAAGAACUUGGCAUUGAAGUUAAAGAUGCAAACGAGAACGGAAAGGUACCUCUUAAGAUAACAGAAACUACUGCUGAAAUGGAAGAACUUCGGUGCAGAAUAGAAUCUGAAAAGAAAUCUCGGCAAGAUCUAGAGAAAGAACUGGAAUUGCAGAUUUGCAUGAAAUCCGAAAUGGAAGUAGCCAUGAAGUUGUUAGAGAAGGAUAUACAUGAAAAACAGGAUACUAUAAUAUCUUUAAGGCGACAACUGGAGGAUAUCAAAUUAAUCAACUUGGAAAUGUACAAAAAGCUUCAGGAGUGCGAAGGCUCACUUAAGCAUAAGACAGAACUGAUUACAAAGCUGGAAGCUAAAACACUAUCGAUGAGCGAGAGCAUCCAGAAAAUGGAUGAGAAGUGCAAGGAGAUUGAUGGUGUCAGAUCGGGGGCAGAGGAGAAGGUGAAGAUCCUGGGUGCCGUGGCUGCCGAGCGGGAGGCGCGGACGAAUGGGGUCGAGAGGGAAUUGCGACUUGAGCGCGAGUGGAGAACCUCCUUGCAGGAAACAUCGAUCUGCAACACGGAGAAGAUCUCUCAAUUACAUCAGGAGAUCGAUCAGCUGAAACGGGUGUCCGAGAGGUACUUGACGCUGCAAGAGGAGUAUUAUGCCCUGAAGGAGGUGUGCGGUGAGCAGGAACGAACUCUGGAGGAACUUGGGGGACAAUUGAGCGCGGCCAAAUUAGCGGCGGUUGAACUGCGCGAGGCCGCUGACAACGCUCAGCAGCAGCAGCAGCAGCAGCAGCAGCAGCAGUCGGCACUGCAAGAGGGCUCGGUAACCUGGGCAAAUGAUCGGAUGGUCACCCAAUGCAAGGGGUGCAGCCGUGAGUUCAACAUGACUCGUCGCAAGCACCAUUGUCGCAAUUGCGGGAAUAUUUUCUGCAACGCCUGCAGUGACAAUACUACAGUCUUGCCGAACUCGACGAAACCGGUACGCGUUUGUGACGAAUGUUAUGUGUUUCUGGUUAGCCGUUACUCGGUGGUGCGUUAAUAUUCCGCGUGCUAUUGUUCCUUUUCGUAAGCGAAUGGCAUAACCGAGAUUUCAGUUCGACGCGAAGUUUCGAAAAGGAAUGGAAAAAAGUAUCGGAAAGGCAGAACAAAGAAAGAAACGGAAAGGUAACAAAAUCUGUCCGCAAAUGUAAUCCACAAGUUUGUAUGCGUUUUGUUUUUAUUAUACGUAAUGCAUAACCAUUUAUUGUAAAUUGGCCGUGCGCGAUGACGGACAAAUCAAUCUACCGUAAGCAAUAUUUUGUUCCACCUUGUAUCUUUUUUACGCAAAGUAAUCUCACGAUAUUUUAGAGUUUAUACGCGAUGGAAAGGGGUAUUUAGAGAAGUGUUCAAUCUAUCAAAUUGCAUUAAAGAUAUAUUAUAUACAGUACUGGCCGAAAUUAUAUCAUCUUUAGGUUUUCUGAGCAUAACUUUUAUCAAAGUGCAUCGAAUGUGCUCAAACUUUAACAGUAGACACCUAAUAAACAGAUACAUCUUGUACAGUCUUAUUCAUUAAUGCCUGGACCUGCAUUUUUAUCAUUUUUCUUAUCUAUACAAAUCACUGAUUGUGAGUUUCAGGCUGUAUAUAUGCACUACCACAGGCUUCUAUAGAAGCUGUGUGAACUGACAGCCUGAAACUCAUCGGUGUACAGAUGAGAAUAAAGUUUAUGAAAAGGUAAAUCCUAGUAAAAGUAAGGACCAGGCAUUAAUGAAUUAAGCUAGCGUCACACUGUACGUAAUUCGUGAUUCGCAGAAAUUCGUUGGACGUUCGUGAUUCGCAGUUUACCAUUCGUCAUUUGUUCUUUGCCGUUUCGUUCGUGUUAACCUCGACAACUUUUGACUUUUACCUGUCAUUACAGGACUUGUAUCAUAAGUCUACAAUUAGUCAAGUUUCAAUAUUAGUUAAAAAAUCACUGUUGUUGUCAAAAAUUGCGUACGGCGAAUCGACGAAAUUUUCCUCCACACUAUUCACGAAUAUACGAACCACGAAUCGUGCAUAGUGUGGCGCUAGCCUAAGACUGUAUACGUGAAGGGUAAUGAAAUUCGACGAAAUACACCAUGAUUUUCCAAUUUUUCAUUCGUACACUUAAAAACUAUUGAAACAUUCGGAAGGUGAUGAAAUUUUAGCCGGUACUGUAUUGCAACGUUUCUAAUGUAUUUUGUAAAUAAUCGAUAAAGAUAUUGUACAUACGAUCGAUGGAAUUUCUUUUCACGAACGUAUUUUAGUUUACCGUAGAGAAACGUUUAUUUCGUUUCGUUGCACUACAUUUACGAUUAUCACACCAGUGUCAUGAAUGACCAGAGUCCAUCGAUCUGAUUGCAUAAAUGUUUACGAGUUCAAUGGUUACGAAUUCCACGUUGCACGUUGCUUUUUAGUGCGGUUUCCAUUGUAAUUGCAUUUGUUACGCCCAACUUGGGCAGGGUAAGAUCAUAACAGCGAUAUUAUUGUACCCCGAAUCUGAUUUAGCAAAGUCUCGAAGCUGCAGCUUGGCUCGCGCGCGCUGCAGUGUCCAAAAACGCGUGCCUGUACAACGAUAUUUUUAAGAUACUCUAUACCGUCUGAAAAGAGAUAUUAUACGUAAAUAAAUGAGAUGGUUUUCUAAAG